CACUCGAUUACUCCGAGGAGUAAUUCCUUUGUGGUAUUUGGUUAUCUUAAUUGCACACUUGCCGUUCGGCACUUUGUUCCGCUACGUUCUUCUCUCCUCCCCUCUCCUCUGCUCUCCUCCCACCCUGCGAAACUCGGCACACGGUCAACAAAACACUCCUUCUCAAUUAGCGCUGCUCUUGACACGGGCUCCCUCCUUGGCCUCGAUCGCCCGUCCAUAACAUCCUCUGCUCUCUGGAACUGGCUGCUUCACUUUGCCUGUCAUGGCGACUGGUGAUACGGCCCCGCCGUUAACUAUACUGCCUCCCGCCAUUGAGCCGCUCUCCGACGACGAUGACGGAUCGAGCCCGCUCUCUGACCUCGGCGGUUCUCAGAAUGAUCUCGACCUCCCCGAAGAGAGCCCCGAGGUCCACCACGACGACGGAACCGAGGACGAGGACGAGGACGACGAGGACGACGACGCAAAUGACACUGAAGCCGAGACAGAGCGUCUCUUUCCUACCCCUCAAAACCCUACCCGUCAUACCGACGCUCUCGCUGGUGCUCACGCCUUCGAGAGGACCCCCACCAAGCUUCGCCAGGGCAUCCGCGUCGAUGAUGAUGAAGACGAACCUCUUUCUGAGCUCCAAGGCUCUUUCACUUCGAGUCCUCCUCGCCCUCACAGCUCAGGGCCCCCCACGGCCGAGAAGCUGCCUUCACCUACACUUGACAUCCUUGCAGACGCCGCCGCAGCUCAAGACACUGAGGCUCGGAAGCGCAAGCGCACAUCGCCUCCAGCUGAUGCGCCUGAGGACGACCUGCCUGCGCGAAAGCGCUCAGCAUCACCUCUGCGCGUCAGUCAACCAGACCAAGACGGCGACGUUGCCAUGGCAGACGACGAGGAGCCCAGCACCAACAGCGGCGAAGAGACAAUUGUGGAGCCUACUGCGAACGAGGGACGAGAUGGGCAGACGGAUGACCUCGAUGCAGAAGCCCAAAUCGAGGAGGAAUCGCGCGCCCGAAAGCCACGCACUGUAUCCAAGAAGCGCAAAUCGCCCAGGGCCGAGAGCGAUGAGCCCCCGGAAGAACCCGCAGACGGCAUAACUGCCGAAGAAGAUGGCGCUCGCACUGGAGAUGACGAGCAUACCGGCGCCGAUGUCGAUGGAGAGGCCGAGGCCGCUCAGAGAACCGAAGAAGAGCGUACGAAACAUGGUCUCACGUACGGCGUUCCGAACAAGCUGACACAAUCACUAGUUGAACGCAAGAGAGCCGCCCUGGACGGAUUGACGAGUAUAGAGAGACAAUUCGCCAUAUUCAGGGAAAGAUUAUACGAGGAAAGGCUCGACCAAUUAAACAGAGAAGAAGCAAUGCUCAAGGCCGAUAUCCCUACACACCCCGACUACAUUGCUAUGAUGGAGUGCAUUGAUACUAGGAAAGACGACAAGCUGCGCAUAGCUGAGAACGAGUUUCACCUCAACAUCGGGACUCUGGGAAGGUGGGCCGUUGCAAGGCGUGCGCAAAUACACUCGCAGUAUUAUCAGGAUGUUCGCGAAACAAGAGAGAGAAUUAUUGGUGAGCUCGGGCAGUAUUGGUACGCCAUACAGCAUGAGAGGCGGAAGCAUGCCAACAACGUGCACGAUUUCGGUCUACGAUUCCCUCAAGCACCGGCGCAAAGGGUCCGCGAUGCGUUGGCGUACAACAAGGAAGUCGCAAUUCUGUCCGGCGUUGCCAAGUAUGAAGGCAUGCCUGCUGCACCUGAUAUGCGUGGUGCAUCGUCACAAGAGCUGGAUGACGACUUUGAAGCAAUGAAUCUACAGCGAGGUCGCGGACCGGUACCACAGGCUCGGGAACCAGGCAGGUCGUUUAUCUCCGAUUUAAGGGGAAUACCACCGUUUGGCCCGGGUUUGGGUUCUGCAGCGGAGCAGUUCAUCGAGCAGAAUGCUUGGGCUAAUCCUCAUCAUCCAUCCAAUGCUCAUCUUCUGCAAAGACAACACUCGCAACAAGAGCCCAGGAGACGUAGUCCGCCUGCCGAGGCGCCGGGUGGGCGCCGACAUUCACAGCAGCACCCCUUUUCCUCGAGCACGAUAUCGACCACGUCGAAUUAUGCACCGUACAAUGGAAAUUCAACGACAGCCAAUCGUAUGCCACGGGCACCGACAACGUCACCCGAAACUACACGUGCCGCCAGUCUUCUAGAACAGACGAGCAUAAGGAGCAUGAAGGCCGCCGCGACUGCUGCUGCGGCGGCGGCGGCGGCGGCGGCUGAAGCUGAGCAAGGGAGAGCUGUCAAGCGCGAGACUGCACCUCCCGUGGGUGGCUUCUAGUGCAGCACCAGGACAUGUAUCACGGCUGUACACUUCCUUUACCAGCAGGCGGCUUGGUCCUUGCAUUUUACAGCGUUU